AUGAGCAAACACGUCCUCAUCCUCGGCGGCCACGGCAAAGUCUCUCAACACCUAACCCCCAUCCUCCUCCAAAAGUCAUGGACCGUAACCUCCAUCAUCCGCGCCCAAGACCAAGUCCCCGCCAUUGAAAAGCUCGGUGCCGGCCAGUCAUCAGGCAAACUCAACGUCCUCGUCCGCAGCAUCGAAGACGUAAUCUCCCAACAAAAAGCCCAAGACAUCCUCAACGAAGUCAAGCCCGACACAAUCUUCUGGUCCGCCGGCGCAGGCGGCAAAGGCGACCCCUCCCGCACCUUCGCCAUUGACCGCGACGCCGCAAUCCACUUUAUCAACGCCGCCGUCGCCACACCCUCCAUCAAGAAAUUCAUCCUCGUCUCCUAUCUCAGCUCCCGCAAGACGAAACCAACCUGGUGGUCCGAUAAAGCCUGGCAGGACGCCCUCGACGGCAACAAGAAGCUGUACAACUACUCCCUCGCCAAGAUCGCCGCCGACGAGGCCCUUUGGCAGGAAUCCCAAAAGAGGACGGAUGGAUUUGCGGGAAUCAGUCUGAGACCUGGUCUGCUGACCGAGGAGCCUGCGGGCAAGAUUGAGUUUGGAAAGACAAAGGAGGCAAAGGGCACUUCGAGCCGACAGACCGUCGCCGAGGUCGCCGCGCUCAUUGCUGAGAAUGACAGCUUCACGACGUCGUGGGUAGACUUGCUGGACGGCGAUGAAGAUCCCAAGACGGCUGUUGACAGAGUUGCAAAGGAAAAGGUGGAUGUCGCCGUGGGCGAAGAAUUCUACAAGGCUUGA